GUAAUCAUAACCAACCCCUUUCCCGCCGAUCCUAUCACACUCAUUCAACUUCAACGCAUAUCCCUCACAACUCUCUCCAUUUCUUUUCUUCUCCCUACUCCCUACUUCCCUUCGUUUCUCACUUCACACUUCUUCUCCCUCCUUCUUCUUCUUCUUCUUCUUCUUCUACUACUACUACUACUUCUUGCUGCUCAAUCCUCUCCCCAUCCUCCCAAGUCUGGAAUUGAAGACGUAGAUAAUCGCACCGUUUCGUCCUUCCGAUGAAGCUUCGUCCCCGUAAGCCCGCCUCCAAUGUAUUGAUCGAAGAAGGAAACGUAGACGGAGAUUUCUCUGAUGAUAUAGACGUGUCAUCUCUUGUUUCCGACUGUGGAAGUGAAGAUCUUUCCUCGAGUUCUGAGGACUUCAGCGAGCAUUCAACAAAGAAGUCUAGAGCAAGGACACAGAAAAAACGUAUUAAAAAGGAUGGGCCCAGCAUUGAGCAGGAAGUGGGAAGCAAUGUAGGCAAUGAUGAAAACCUAAACAAUCCGAGACCAGAAAUUGCUGACUCCCAGGGUGUGGUUGAUAUAGAGAAGCCAAAGACCAAGUACUCAAGGAAAAAGAAGACAAAGCCUACCCUUUUGUGGAAUAUCUGGGAGGAAGAAUAUGAGAGAUGGAUUGAUGAAAACAUUGAAAAAGAUUUUGAUUUGGCUAAUCAGAAUGAAGUAUUUGCUGAAGCUGUUGAAACACCCGCUGCACUUACGAUGCCCCUGCUACGGUACCAGAAAGAGUGGCUAGCUUGGGCACUGAAGCAGGAAGAUUCUUCAAUUAAAGGUGGGAUACUUGCAGAUGAAAUGGGAAUGGGAAAAACCAUCCAAGCUAUUGCGCUGGUACUUGCUAAACGUCAGCUAUCUGGUACUGCUGGAUUGAGAAGACCCUCAUCGAAUCCAAGUUCUUCCAAGGACUUGCCUUUGAUCAAAGCAACUCUUGUGAUAUGUCCUGUGGUUGCUGUGAGCCAGUGGGUAAGUGAGAUUGAUCGUUUCACAUCAGAGGGAAGUUACAAGGUGCUUGUGUAUCAUGGUCCAAAACGAGAACGGAGUCUUGAGGUUUUAUCAGAAUAUGAUUUUGUUAUUACCACAUACUCUGUUGUCGAGGCUGAUUACAGGAAAUAUCUGAUGCCCCCCAAGGAUAGGUGCCCUUACUGUAGUAAACUAUUUCAUAAGAAGAAUUUGAAGUUUCACUUGAUGUACAUCUGUGGGCCUGAUGCUGUUAAAACAGAGAAGCAGUCGAAGCAACAAAGGAAAAGGCCUAUACAGCCACAAAUAUGUAAACAGGAGAAAUCUGAUAAAGAUAAGAACAAUAAUGUUCACAAAAGUGGUGGCCAGAAAAGCACUCUUGGACAGACAGUGGAGGAGCAUGAGAAUGAUGAAAAACAUCGUGGGAAUUCAAUAUUGCAUUCUGUGAUAUGGGACCGUGUCAUUUUGGAUGAGGCACAUUUCAUAAAAGAUAGGCUGUCUAAUACUGCAAAAGCUGUUCUUGCAAUUUCUUCUUCAUUUAGAUGGGCUUUAAGUGGCACACCUAUCCAGAAUCGCGUUGGGGAGCUUUACUCGCUUGUUCGCUUCCUGCAAAUUGUCCCCUAUUCUUUCUACUUCUGUAAGGACUGUGAUUGUAGAACACUCGAUCAUAGUUCCCUUACCUGUCCUAACUGCCCUCAUAAACGUGUGCGGCAUUUUUGCUGGUGGAACAAGAAUAUUUCUCAACGGAUUCAAAAUUUUGGGAGAGGUCCAGAGUUUAAAAGAGGGAUGAUAUUGCUGAAGCAUAAGAUUUUAAGUACCAUUGUGCUUCGACGCACCAAAAAGGGUAGAGCUGCUGAUCUGGCUCUUCCUCCAAGUACUGUUUCAAUUAGGCGAGAUACCCUUGACAUUCAAGAAGAAGAUUUUUAUGAAUCAUUGUAUAAUGAUAGUCGAGCAAAAUUUAAUACUUUUGUUGCAGCUGGAACGGUAACAAGUAAUUAUGCACACAUAUUUGACCUAUUGAUUCGCUUGAGACAGGCGGUUAAUCAUCCAUAUCUUGUGGUGUAUUCUAAAACUAAUGCCAUAAAUAGUGGAAACAUUGAUGAUUCUGAUAGUAAUAACAAGCAAGUAUGUGGAAUUUGUUAUGAGCCAGCAGAAGAACCUGUGGAUACCUCUUGCAAGCACACAUUUUGUAAGGCCUGCUUAAUUGAUUAUGCCGGUGAUUUUUCGAAGCCUGUCUCAUGUCCUUCUUGCUCAAAGAUGCUCACCAGUGACUUCAUCACAAGUAUGGCUUUUAAAGAUCAAACCGUUAAAAAUAAAAUUAAGGGGUUUAAAUCUUCAAGUAUUCUUAACAGAAUACAGCUGGAGAACUUUCAGACGAGCACAAAAAUAGAAGCUUUGAGAGAAGAAAUUAGAUUCAUGUUUGAAAGAGAUGGUUCUGCCAAAGGAAUCGUUUUUAGCCAAUUCACUUCAUUUUUGGAUCUCAUAAACUAUUCCUUGUCUAAGUCUGGUAUUACCUGCGUUCAAUUAGUUGGAAGCAUGUCGUUGACUCAAAGAGCCGAUGCUAUUAAUAGAUUCAUUGAAGAUCCAGAUUGCAAGAUUUUUCUAAUGAGCUUGAAAGCAGGAGGGGUUGCCCUCAAUCUUACUGUGGCAUCGCAUGUCUUCAUUAUGGACCCUUGGUGGAAUCCUGCUGUGGAAAGGCAAGCACAAGAUAGAAUCCAUCGAAUUGGGCAGUAUAAACCUAUCAGAAUUAUGAGAUUUUUUAUUGAAAACUCCAUCGAGGAGAGGAUUUUGAAGCUACAAGAGAGGAAAGAACUGGUAUUUGAAGGAACUGUAGGUCGCUCAAAUGAGGCCUUGGGAAGAUUAACCUUGGAUGACAUGAGAUACCUGUUUCUUUGACCAAGUUCUCCCACAAAAAUAGCAUUUCAAAAGAACAGAGGAAAGAACUCAAAAUUUUGUUCAUGUACAUGCACACAGUCUCACCCAACACCCCUUUUCUCCAAUCUAAUUCCAAAUUUUGAUUCGGUGUAAAUGCCUUUGUUUUGAUCAUAGUUUUGUUGAGUAAAUCUAUUUUGGUUUUUACGGGACUGAGUUCCUUUAAGUUGUGGGCUUAGAUCCGUCAUAUUCUCUUCGCUCUCUUGUGCACACAAUAGAAAGAAAAGUAGUUGAAAAAGUAGGAACUUUAACUUUUUUCUUUUUUGUAUAUUCAUUUGACAGUUGGUGAAUAUUAUUGAUUGGUUUUGUUUUUCCCUGUGGGAAAAAACGCAUCUGUUGGUUUAGUUGAACAAAUGUAGUGCAAGAUUUGAUAAUCUAAUCUCUUAAACAAUUAACUUA